AUGGGUCCACAGCGUAACACACCGACGAGAUCGAAAGCUAACUACCCGACUACUCAGCAUCAAAGAAUGCUAAUCGGAGAGCGGCAUACUAUCAUGGGAGAUAUGCAUCCUGCCACUCCAGUUUCCAAUUCCGCUAUCUCGAGUACCACUUCUUCCUUAUCAAACACAAUCCUCAAUGAAAGCGCAUCUGCUGCUUCGACUAUUACGUCUAGUGCCAAAACUCCCAUCGAUAUUGAUUCCAUCCACGAAUUCCCUAUGAUACCCUCUGGCCGAGAGGAGUACCUUAAAAGACAGGGCGGGACUGAUGAGCUUGUGAAGGGAUUGGACAACCUGCAUGCGGCAUCGGAGAGUAUUUUCAAGGCUCAGAAAGACGAGAUUCUGCUCAGAAAGCACCAGAUCAAUGUGCUGAAGGAACAAUGCCGGAAAUAUCAAGAAACACUCUGCUUGAACAAACUGAAUCAGGAACGAGAGCAUACCUGUCCCGGUUGUGGAAAUCUUGCAUGGGAACCUCAAGUUUUAAUUUGCGGGCACAUAGUAUGUUUGCAAUGCGUUAGCAAUGAGCGACUAUCAGCUAUGAGCUCAGGCCGAACGAGGCGGUGCCAGAAAUGCAGAGCUUUUAUUUGCAGACCUCCCAUUCCAUCGAUAACUAUUCGCCAUGCAGUUGGUAGCAUUGCUACUAAACUGGGGAAAGUACCACCUUCGCCUGUCCCCCAAUGA